UUUGGAUUUUGCACGGAGGAUGCAGAGGAAAACAGAGUUGUCAUGCUGAUUCUAUCAGAUGAUUUCUUCGCUUUGAAAGACCUUAAGCCUCAACCAUUGAACUUGAUUGUCAGUCUUUUGGCUUGUUUAGCUUUCAUUCUCUCAACCAUUGAGCAUCGUGGAAUGCAAGCCCUGGAAGCUGGAAAAACCGACCUCUCGGACUUGCCCAAGUUUCUUAAGAUCAAAGUUAAUAAAAUGCAGUUUCAUAGAUAGAGUGGCCUUUGGUCUCGUAGAUUUAUGUCUGUGUCUUAUUGUUGCAUUCGUUAUCUUAGUUACCCAACCAGAAACCUUCGAGGUAUUGCUCCAAAGGAAGUCUUGAUAAUAAAGCUUCGGAAACGAUAUACCCACAUCCGCCACUCCUUCGAUGAAUUGCCUCUUCAAGAUAUCUAUUCAUUGAAUAGUCAACUUGCCUCGUAUGUUCGCAAUGGCAACAUUCAAGCAACGUGGACUCUCUUUUGUCGCAUGCAUUUUUCAUGCUGUGGCCUUAAUGCAUAUUCUUUUACAUCAGUUUUAAGUGCCUGCUCUGCCUUGCCGGGCACAAAACACGGAAAGCAAGUGCAUGGAUUAAUGAUUAAAACAAGUGUGGAUGCGGGAACAGUAGCCAAAACUGCAUUAAUGAACUUGUAUUCAAAGUAUGGAUGCUUGGGUGAUUCAGUUAGGGCAUUUGAAGAAAUUGAACAGAAGGAUGUUGUGACAUGGAAUGCAUUGAUUUCAAGCUUUUUGAGGCAGGGCCUUGCUAAAGAAGCACUUGAUGUUUUUGCAACAAUGAGAAGGGAAAGAGUGCAGCUUAGUGAGUUCACUUUGUGUUCUGUGCUAAAAUCUUGUGCUUCUUUAAAGGCUUUUGAACAAGGAAAGCAGAUUCAUGGUUUGGUUGUUGUGUGCGGCCAUGAUUUAGUGAUUCUGAGUACUGCUCUCAUUGACUUUUACUCAGAUGUGGAGCAUAUUAGUGAAGCCCUGAAAGUUUUCUCUGGUUUAAACAAUAUGAUGGACAAUGUAAUAUGCAAUUCUUUGAUCAGAGGAUGCAUUAAAAAUAAAAAGUUCAGAGAAGCAUUUUCAAUUAUGAGUAAAAUGAGACCCAAUGUUGUUGCACUUACUAGUGCUCUUGGAGCUUGCUCUGAAAACGUAGAUUUAUGGAUUGGAAAGCAAAUCCACUGUGUGGCAUUACGUUAUGGGUUUUCUGAUGAUACUCAGUUAUGUAAUGUUAUAUUGGAUAUGUAUGCAAAGUGUGGGAAGAUUUUGAAUGCAAGAUCAUUAUUUGAUGGGAUUUUACACAAAUGUGUGGUUUCAUGGACAAGCAUGAUAGAUGCAUAUGGGAGUCAUGGAUACGGGCUUGAAGCUCUUGAGCUGUUCAAGCAGAUGAGGGUGGAAGGCAAAGGAGUUGUGCCGAAUUCUGUAACAUUUCUUACUGUUUUAUCUGCUUGCGGGCAUUCAGGGCAAGUUGAAGAAGGUCGGAAUUGUUUUAAUUUAAUGACGGAGAAGUAUGGUCUUAACCCGGAUCAAGAACAUUAUGCUUGCUUCAUUGAUGUUUUAGGUCGGGCUGGUCAAAUAGAUGAGGCAUGGUCUCUUCGCGAUGAUAUGAUUAAGAAUGGUAUCAAGCCUACAGCUCUAACAUGGAGCGCAUUGCUAAACGCUUGUAGUCUUAACCAAGAUAUUGCUAGAGGUGAGUUUGCUGCGAAGCAUCUGUUGGAAUUAGAACCAGAUAAGCCUGGGAAUUAUGUGCUUCUUUCAAAUUUCUAUGCUGCUGUUGGAAGGUGGGAUUCUGUUGACAACUUGAGAGAUAUAAUGAGGAAGAAAGGGCUCAGUAAAGAAGCAGGAAGUAGUCGAGUCACUGUUAAACGCUACAAUGAAAGUUGUAUCAUUAGAGAAAAUCAUAUUGCCAGGGCAGUUCUUUGAUAAUAUACAAUUAGUUUUCUUUCAUUUUCAUUCAUUUACUUUCAGUAACUUCUCUUGAGUAGUACCAAGCAAAAAACAAAACUUCUCUUGAAUAGUGUACACGGUCUA